ACGAAAAGUAGGCAUAUUAAUUGAUUGUAGCCUAUUAUUAAUUUGCUAUAAUGAAGCAAAGACAUCCCUUAUAGGCUAUUGGUCUUCUAUUUCUAUGAGAAUUCAAACGAAUUACAUUGCUACAGCACAGAAGCAGCGAAAAGUAUUUAUUUCAAGCUUUUGUGCUUGAAUGUAUUAUGAGGGGGCUUGAGUUUAUUAUACUGUGCGCGCAAUGCAUUGGGAAAUCUUUACUGUUGGUGCGCCACCGGAAAAAAAACACAAAAAAACGGUGUUGCUAGGACACGUUAGAGUAAACAAAAAAAGUGUCAUCUAGCAUUUUUUUGCUGAUGCAAAUUAGUUUCAAAUCUAUUAAUUUAUAUUUAACCAGAGAAAUGAAUUUGGCUGGGAAAAUAAAGGAACCUGACCCCCUGAACCCAAAAGUCUUGCUAUGGGCAGAUGUAAGCUACAGUGACAUGGAGGAAAUUGAAAACACCAAGGCCAUACCAGAGCUAGAGAGAACUCUAUGCUGUGUGCUGGGAGUAAACAUUCCUGAGCCGAGGAGGGGAGUCCUGCUGGAGCUCUAUGUCCACACAGUGCUGUUCUGUAGAGAGAGCAACUUCAACAGGGAGCAGACAUCUGUCCUCCUCUCCAUCGUCAAGAGCAUGCAUCAGGCUAACACUGAAACUCCACUCAACAAUAUGGGCCGUUGCUAUGCAUACUGCAGUGAACUUCUGCUCUGUCACUCUGUCAGGAGGCCUCCCUUCAGUAUCAGCCUGUUCAGCUCUGAGGACGUGACCCAGAUCUUGAAGUAUCUCCUUAACACCUAUUUUAGACAUUACAAUCUGUACAAGUACAUAUUCACCCCUCAGGUUAGACUGGAUCUGUCUUUUUCCUACUCUGGCAUGCCAGACGAAGACCCUGUCACUGAGACUGACGCAGUAUCAUCAGAUGGGUACGGCAAGAAGGAAAACGAGCCAGAGACGGCAGAAGGGGAGCAGCCCAUUGAAGCACUGAACACAGGUCCAGAGGUGGCUAAUACAGAUCCAUCGCCCAAGUCAGAGUUGAGGACGAUAAUACAACAGGAAAUGAGAGAGGAGAUGAUACAUAUGUCAAGGCAACUAGAGCAACGAUUGAAGGAAAGUGCAGAUCGGCUAAAUAGCGCGCUGACUUCACUGGAGACCAAUCUCCAAGGCAAAAAGUAAACAUCAAAGCCUGAUUUUUAUCUAUGCAUUUCAUUCUGUUCUUUGCACAUGCUGUUCUUUGCACUAAAACACGUUAGUCAAAUUUGAGAUAUAGGUUAUUUGUGGGUGUCUGUCAGUAAAGAGAUUGAUUGCGUAAUCAUGUUUUUGUUAACUCCUUUAAACACAAAAUCAACACACAAAUAUUACAAAGUAAAUAGGUUACUUUCAUUAUCAAUAAAACAUUGGUCUUUCA